UACGGUUAGGUCGUGUACGGGGCGAAUCGAAAACUUUUGCGAUAGCUUUCGUGAAACAAUGAUUGCACUGAAUGAUUAUAGGACUGAACAGUGACUAUGAGGUGCAUUAGUGAGAAACCAUGCGUGUGAAAAAUGAGGAUGUGUUUGUGUGAAUUCGAAAUGAUUGGACAAAUACAAUGGGCAUUAGUGGUUAUAUUAGCGAUUGGUCUAGCCGCCAGCACGGGAGACAAACGGCCUCAUUUCACCACCGAACCUCCUCCGAGGGUCCUAUGGCCGGCCACCAGAGGCGCUUAUGCAGUCUGCCGUGCGAGUGGUCAUCCAACACCGGAUGUCCAUUGGGUCACUUCGGAAGGACAAGUCAUCACCACUAUACCUGGUUUACGGCAUGUGCUCAGCGAUGGUAGGCUGGUGGUGGGAGCUCGCAGGUCGAUGGUCGACGCUGGCGGGGGUGGGAACAGUGCUGUGUUGAGGUGUAGAGCAUCCAAUAGAGCUGGAGUGACUUUAUCUCGACCGAUGCUUUUGCAACCAGUGGAAGACAAUGUGUUGGUGCAUUCAGUUCGACAGCUGAUUCCUGCUAAAAUGGGAGGCUCUGUGCUCCUGCGGUGCGAGUUAUCGCUACAGAUAGGCUUUGCUGACGUCAAGUGGCUACAGGACGGGUUGCCUCUAGCCACUGGUUAUAUGGGCACAGACACUCGAUGGAUAUCAGGAGCUGGAGGGUUGUUGCUCGGUUCAGAUUUAACACAGGCUGAUGUUGAAGCUGAAUAUUCAUGUAUUGCUGUUGAUACGUCCAGUCCUACUAUCAAAUUAACUACAGAUGAAAGCAGUUGGCUGGAAAGUGUUGAAGUAAAUUCGAUUGAAGCUCGCGCAGGCGACACAGUUAUCCUGCCUUGCAUCUUACGACAUAGCAACAGGCAUACUAUCACCUGGCAGCGGCAGGACGGCAGCGGCGUUUGGGCGGCGGCGGGUGAGGGCGCGGUGCGGCGCGGCGCGCUCGUGCUGGCCGCCGUGCGCGCGCACCACGCGGCGCGCUACGCGUGCGCCGCCGGCGACUCCUCCCCCAGGGUCAUAGUGCGGCUACUAGUGCACGAGCCUCUGGCGGUUACUGUCACCCCAAAUCCGUUGAUGCUAGGCACGGGCGGAUCUGGCAGCUUUAACUGUUCAGUAUCCGGUGGGAGGGGUGGGGUAGUCACCAUCAGCUGGCAACACGAGGGCAGACCUCUUCACUCUCCUCAGCCCAAACUGACCCUGGGACCAGUGCGGUCACAUCACGCUGGCCUUUACCAGUGUACGGCGUAUGAUCACUCUGAUUCUGCGGUUUCUGGGGCUGAACUUGUAAUCGCGGACAGACCUCCAAGACUGAUAACAACAUUCAGUGAGGCCAUAACACGAGUUGGACAGAGUAUCGCUCUAAGAUGUGCAGCAACUGGAAUUCCUUCUCCAAGGAUAUUCUGGACUUUGGACAAUAGACCUCUUCCUUCUGCACCUGAAAAGUAUACAAUAAAUACCAGAGCGGAAUCACUACCAGGUAGUGAGGAAGGCAAUAUUAUAUCAACGUUAAGUAUAACUAUCAGAAGCGCAGAUGAAGGCGGCCGAUACGGUUGUAAUGCUACUAACUCUGGUGGAUCUCAGGCGCAUUAUGCAAGGCUUAAUGUUUUUGGUCCACCGAAUAUAAGGUAUCUACCACCGAUGCAUGUGAAGGUAGAAUCUGAUGUGACACUAUAUUGCCCAUAUUCCGGAUAUCCUAUUAAGGAAGUCAUUUGGAGACGAGAGGAUGGUUCCAUCGUUGAUUCGCCGUUAGAUAAUGGCGAUGAAAGAGGCAUUCUAAGAUUGGCUUCAGUCAGAGGCUCAGCUAGUGGGAGCUACACUUGUGAAGUGAGGGCUGAAAGCGGGGAAUUAGCUAGGCGAACUGUUCGCAUUGAAGUUCAUAAACCUCCGAAAAUAGUUCCAUUCCAAUUCCCCGAAGAAUUAGAAGUGGGAGGAAGCACGCAAGCUACGUGUAGUUUAGUAUCUGGAGAUAAACCCAUACAGUUUUCUUGGCAUAAAGAUAACUUACCCAUCCCAUCAGUAUUAAAAGUUGAACAAAAGAAUAUGGAUUUUUUCACAAUAUUAGUGAUACAAGAUUUGAAUUCUAUGCAUAGCGGAGAAUAUUCGUGUAGAGCGACCAAUGAUUUUGGGACAGUUAGUCAUUCUGCCUCUUUAAUUGUUAAAGAGGCACCACUGUGGGUGUGGCGAGCACAAAACACCUCAGUGUCAGCCGGUGCGGCCGUGCUACUGCCUUGUUCUGCGAAGGGCCAGCCUAUGCCUAGGAUUUCUUGGGAAUUUUCUUCAGAGGGUGAAAACUGGCGUCACAUUCUAUGGGGUCAAACCGAAUCGGCCGAUAUGAGCGAGGGCUCGCUGCUCGCGGACGGCACGGUGUGGGUGCGCGCGGCGACCCCACAGCACGAGGGCUGGUACCGCUGCACCGCGAGGGUACAGCACUCCUUCCUGCACCACACCUUCUAUUUGGAUGUUAGGGAACCACCUAAAUUAACUCGUGGCGGAGGUGGCGGGGAAACUCAGUGGGUAGUCAGAGGGUCCACGGCACGAUUGACUUGCUCAGUUCGCGGCGAGCCUGAAAUACACAUACAUUGGACGCACGACUCAAGGCCGCUCGCUUUGCACGGCUCCGGUGGCGUCGAAAUGCGAGACCUCGGUAACGGUGCGAUGAUGUCUGAAAUCACGAUCACGCACGCGGGCCCCGAGCACGCGGGGGACUAUCGCUGUUUGGCGCGUAACUUGUAUGGCACUGACGAACUGAUCUUCAGGUUGUUUGUUAAAGAACGGCCAAGCGUGCCCGAGGAAGUGCGCAUAUCGGAGGUGUGGUCGCGGCGCGCGCGCGUCACGUGGCGCGCGGCCCGCAACAGCGCCGUGUCCCAGUACGCGCUGCAGUACCGCGCGCUCGCGCCCGCGCCCGACGCGCUCCCCCCCGCGCCCCUCGACGCGUGGAACUCCCCCGACGUCCUCAACGUCACGCUGGCUAAUUCCGAUCUGCUCCACGUCGCUUCAGAAGGCCCCGGUCGGGCGGGAGCGCUCAUAUCAGCGCUGUUCCCGGACACGCGCUACGUGCUGCGGCUCGCGGCGCACAACGACGUCGGCGCGUCGCCUUACACCACGCCGCUGCACUUCACUACCAGAGAGGAAGCGCCUGGGGGGGUGCCUCGGGACAUUUCGCUGCGCGCCCUCCGCGCUCGAGAGUUACUCGUCACAUGGCAGCCACCGCCCCGCGAGACGUGGCACGGCACUCUACUGGGCUACACGAUCCGCUGGUGGGAGGCGUCCGACGAGGGCAAGGGCAGCUCGGACAAGGCGUCGGAAAGCGGCGCCAGCGCGGACGCCACGAGCGCCACGCUGCGGGGCCUGAAGCCGGCCACGCGGUACGCGGUCGCCGUGCGCGGCUACAACGCGGCGGGGAACGGGCCCGCGUCGCAGCCGCACUACCGGCACACGCUCGAGUCGCCCCCCACAGGCAGUCCGGAAGGCGUCAGCUGCGUGUCCAGCGGAUCCACGUCAGUGCGCGUGUCGUGGCGCGCGCCGGAGCCGGACGCGCGCGGCGGCCUCAUCACACACUACACGCUGCAGUACACCAAGCGCGAUGUGGACCCGUUGCUGCCCGUUCAGGAUGCGCAUUUGCGGGUGCAGGGCGAAGAAACAACAGUAUCUCGACUAACUCCAUACUCAGAGUACGACAUAAGGGUGCGUGCACAUAACGCCGCAGGCGACGGGCCUCUAUCCCCUCCACAGAUGUGCAGGACUGAUGAAGAUGUACCGAGCGCUCCAAGCGGUAUCAAACUGAUAGCGCUGAGCGAGCGCUCGCUGCGGGCCUCGUGGUUGCCGCCCGUCGAGCCUAAUGGACGACUCACGCAUUACUCCUUGUAUGUGAAGGAUUUGUCCGGGUCGCAAGAAGCGAACGUGACGCGCGUGAGCACGUGCGUGGAGGGCGAGGAGGGCGCGGAGUGCGCGCGCACGCUGCGCGGGCUGCGCGCCGGCCGCACGUACGAGGCGUGGGCGCGCGCCGCCACCGCCGCCGGUGACGGCCCGCCCUCCGCCGUCGCCGCCUGCCAGACCACUGCGCUCGCGCCAGCGCGCAUCUCGUCGUUCGGCGGCGUGUCGGUGGGCAGCGCGGGCGCAGCGCUGUCGCUGCGCUGCGCGGUGGGGGGCGCGCCGCCGCCCGCCAAGCGCUGGCUGCGCGCCGGCGCGCCGCUGCACGUGCGACCGCCCUUCCACCUAGAUGGUGAUGCGCUGAUGAUACGGAGUGAGUGUUUAAUAAACAUGGAUUUUGUUGGUGAAUGGCGGACACAGUCAGCCAGCCCGGGCCCGGUAACCCUCACGGGCCUGCGCUGUGGGUCCGCGUACCGCGCGUACGGUUCCGCCGGUGGACCCCCCGGUACAGAGAUAUCUAUCAGGACAUCCGGGGGUCCGCCUGUGGCACCCCCCGAUAGCCGGUGGAUCAGAGCCAACGCGACGCACGCGAGGUUCGACACCAGCAUGUGGUCGGACGGGGGUUGCGGCCCCGUGGCCUUGAAGCUCGAGUGGGCGGGCUCGGGGGUCAGCGGCGCUAGGGACGUGCCCGUUGGUGGCGAGGUUAUUUUGGGUGGGCUGAGCGCGGGCGCGCGGUACCGCGUGGCGGCGCGCGCGGCGAGCGAGGCGGGGCGCACGCGCGAGGUGUACGAGUUCGCGAGCGCGGCCGCGGACGGCGGCGCCGCGCAGGAGGUGGACGCGCCCUUCCCCGCCACCGCGGGCGAGCUGGCGCUGCUGCUCGCGCUCUGCGCCGCGCUCUCGCUCGCCGCGCUCACCAUACUCGCCAUACUGCUGCGCCGCAAGAGGUCAGACGUGGCCGUGCCUCGAGUGACGACGAGUGCUGACAAGGCCGUGUGCGGAACCUACCGGCCGCCGCACUCCACGCCCAAACUGCCGCCAGACCCUCCAGACGUAUACGAAAUAAGUCCGUACGCGACGUUCGCGGGCGGCGAGGGCGCGGGGCCGGGUUCGCGCGCCUACACACUGCAGCUGCGCGCGCUCGCCAGGCACGACGACGACGCGCCGCCGCCGCACAGCGUGGACGAAGAAACGUGUCUAGACGCGUAUGAAGCGCAACGAAGACGGAGACGUCGACGACAUUACUGCCCAGACCAUGGUUGCUCACAAGACUCGGGGAGUUGAGGAAUUACACUGCCAAAUACUUAGUUAAUAUCUCUAGUCAACUUAGUGAAUUCUGUUAUACAUAUUAAUAUGUAUACAACAAAUUUUUACAA